AUGUUGCCAGAGUCGAGGACAACGGUGGCGGAGGCGUUGGAGGGAGAAGGCCAGGAGCUGAUCGAUGGACCAGCGCGCGGAAGCAGAGCAGAUCUGGCAGAUCUGGAGCAGAGGGUCAGUGACGGGGCGUUGGCGGCGAUGAAAGGUGGGAAGAUGAUGAUGCAGCAACAGCUUCCAUGGCCUGAAUUGCUGAGCUCCUCCCGGCGUCGUUUUCCACCGUCGACGUCGCCGCCGCGGACCGCUGCUCUCCCCGACCCCGUUGCCCCCAAACUGGAGAGAAUGUUCUCGACUCAGAUUCAUCGUCAUCAUUCCGCAUCUUCUAUGCGGGAAUCUGAUGCCGGGAAACAUCCCCCGGGACGAAAGAGGCAGAUCGAGUCGGAUCCUGUUCGGAUUCAGGCGCUCCAUCGGCAGCACCGAGGCGGCAAGGAAGGCCGACUUCCCUUUCAAGAAGAGAACAGAAGGGAGACAGGAACCCGCGACCAACCGCUCAGUCUCUUCUCCGCUGGAAGUCAGAGGCGAGCUCCUCUAAUGGCUUCACUGCUAAUAGCAGGUUGGUUCGUAGGCACAUUCAUAGCUAAGGUGGCAGACCUGGGCAUCCUCUACGUGAAGAACCAGUAUGUGUACCGGGAUGUCAAAGGCAAACUGAAAAAACUGGAGAAAAAUCUCAGAAAGAUCCAAGCAGCACUCUUUGAGGUCGACAAGAGACAGAUCACAAACCCCGGUUUGGAGGAAUGGCUAUGGGACCUAAAGGAUUCUGUUUAUGCUGCGGAGGACAUGAUCGAUGGAUUUGAGUACAAUCUGCUUGAAGAUAUAGCCAAGGGCAAGAACCAGCUGAUUUUUGAGGAGCAGAGCAAAGACCGGGCUAAGAUCAAGAACAAGUUCAAAAACACACUCAAGCUACUGGUUUUUUGCAACGAGGAUCUCAACCAGUUGGAUGAUGCUAUCAAGCAAUUCAGUGAUCUCGUAGAUGAACUUGGCAAACUUCUCAAGGUGGUGGAGCUAAAUGUAGCCACUAACAAGAAGGAUGAUGCAGAAAUUCCCAAUUGGCGACGAACAACCUCCCCCAUCAAGCCCAGGCCACCGAGAGGACGAGAUAAAGAAGUAAAGAAACUGAAGAUGCUUCUUGAAACAGGUAACAAUUUGAAUCCUGAUAGCAACAGUUUUUCUCUUGUUUCCAUAGUAGGCCCUGGUGGGAUCGGUAAGACAGAACUUGCUCGGCUUGUAUACAAUGAUGAAAGUUUAAAUUUUGAUAUUAAGGCAUGGGUCUGUGUGUGCAAUAAUUUCGAUGUGAGGAGGCUUUCCAUAGAAAUCAUAGAAUCUGCUGCUAUCCAUCGAUAUAUUGGUCUUCACAGCAUUAAUAAUUUGGAUGAGAUUCUCAAACUGACUGAUCUUCAUAGCAUCAGUAACUUGGAUGAGAUACAGAAAAUUCUGUCUGAGUGUCUAAAGGACAAAAGGGUUUUAGUUGUUUUGGAUGAUGUGUGGGAGGAGUCCGUUGCUAACUGGGAAAACCUGUGUAGUGCAUUAAGAUCUGGUCACAAGGGAUGCAGAAUCAUAGUAACCACUCAGCUUGAAAGUGUGGCAAAGAUGAUGGGGACCAGGGACAUAGUAAAUCUGGAUGGCUUAGAUGGCAAGGUUAACUGGGAGUUACUCAAAGAAUGUUCACUUAGUGACCAAAAACAUGCUGAGCAUCGGAGGUUGGAACGGAUAGGCUGGGAAAUAUCUCAGAAGUUGGGGGGCUCACCCUUGGCAGCAGUGACAGUAGGACGUGCUUUAAAAUAUGAUUUGAAGGAAGAACACUGGAGAAGAAUCUUGCAUAAGAAGAUAUAUGAAAUUGAAGAAAAGGAAGGUGACAUUGUGUCAGUUCUGAGACUCAGCUAUGAGCAGCUGCCUGCAUACUUGAAGCAGUGCUAUAUUUCAUGUUCUUUGUUUCCAAAGAACCAUAGCUUUGAGAGAGAUGAUUUACUUCAAAUGUGGAUGGCCCUAGGCUUUGUUCAAGCAAAUGACAAACACGACAGGAUGGAGGACAUUGGUCAGGACUUAAUAAAUGAGCUGUCAGCCCGAUCCUUUUUCGUGAAUGCAAAGAGAAAGGAGGACAAGUUUGUGAUCCAUGCUGUCUUGCAUGAGCUUGCCGAUUGUAUUUCGGAUGGUGAAUAUUUUAGACUCGAUGAUGAAUAUCAAGGAAAUCAGCCGAUUAGAAUCCCAGAUAAGGCUCGCCAUAUUUAUGUUACUGCUGAUAAUCUGGUUAUGUUUUCUAAGAUUUUGUGCAAGAAGGACAAUGUGCGCAGCCUUGUUGUUGCUGGUGAUCUCUCCCAUGGCAUCCCCAAGUCUGACUUUGUGGAUAGUCUUAAAGAGGUUUUGGAUAGUUUUAAAUGCCUGCGGCUUUUGAUACUUUCUGUGCUUGGAAGUGGCUUACCUAAGGCUAUUGGUGGUUUAAAACAUCUACGCUACUUGGAAAUCCCAGGCGAUAAAAGAUGA